AGCAUCAGUGAAAGUUUCCUGACGGUGAAGGGUGCUGCCUUAUUUCUUCCACGAGGCAAUGGCUCGUCUACUCCAAGAAUCAGCCAUAGACGCAACAAACAUGCAGGGGACCUUCAGCAACACCUUCAGGCCAUGUUUACAGUGCUCCGCCCAGAGGACAACAUCCGCUUGGCCGUAAAGUUGGAAAGCACCUACCAGAACCGAACACGCUAUAUGGUGGUUGUAUCCACAAAUGGAAGGCAGGACACAGAAGAGAGCAUUGUGCUGGGGAUGGAUUUGCUUGUAAUGACAGCAGUUCCUGUACGAUGGGGCUUGUUCUUCCUCUCUGGAGUGACACUCUUAUUCAUUUGGAUGGCGAUGGGGGGUUCAGUGUGUCAACAGAUAACAGGGUUCACAUUUUCAAGCCAGUGUCUGUUCAAGCCAUGUGGUCUGCACUGCAAAGCUUGCACAAAGCCUGCGAGGUAGCCCGUGCCAACAACUACUACCCAGGCAGCCUUUUCCUAACAUGGGUUAGUUAUUACGAGAGUCACAUCAACUCUGACCAGACUUCAAUCAACGAAUGGAAUGCUAUGCAGGAUGUGCAGUCCCAUCGCUCUGAUUCUCCUGUGCUUUUCACUGAUGUACCGACAGAGCGAGAACGCACAGAACGCCUAAUUAAAAUUAAGUUAAGAGAAAUCAUGAUGCAAAAAGAUCUGGAAAAUAUUACAUCUAAAGAGAUCCGGACAGAGCUUGAAAUGCAAAUGGUGUGUAACCUGAGGGAAUUCAAAGAGUUUAUCGACAACGAGAUGAUUGUCAUCUUAGGACAGAUGGAUAGCCCAACUGAAAUCUUUGACCAUGUGUACCUGGGCUCAGAAUGGAAUGCUUCUAAUUUGGAAGAUUUACAGAAUAGAGGGGUCAGAUACAUCUUGAAUGUUACACGUGAAAUUGAUAACUUUUUCCCCGGAGUGUUUGAAUAUCACAAUAUCAGAGUAUAUGACGAGGAAGGCACUGAUUUACUGGCCUAUUGGAACGAUACAUACAAAUUCAUCUCUAAGGCAAAGAAACAUGGAGCUAAAUGUCUAGUGCACUGUAAAAAUGGGAGUGAGCCGCUCCGCUUCCACUGUGAUUGCUUAUGCUAUGAAGGAAUACGGCUGGAAUUUGGACAGAGCCUUUGAUUAUGUGAAGGAGAGACGCACAGUAACCAAACCUAACCCUAGUUUCAUGAAGCAGCUUGAGGAAUAUCAAGGCAUUCUGUUAGCAAGCAAACAGAGGCACAACAAGCUAUGGCGCUCUCACUCAGAUAGUGACCUCUCAGAUCAUCAUGAACCUAUUGGCAAGACAGGAAUGGACAUGAGUAAAAAGGACAUUACGUCGUCAGCAGAGCAGCUCUCAGACAUACAUCAUUCCUUUACACUGGGACCUCAGACGGAGAACUGUAACCCAAAUUUCCCCAACAGCAACUCCUUGUCCAACGCAACACAAUCACAUUUUGAGUUUACAUCUUGUGACCUUCACACUGGACAAAUAGAGGACAUUUUGAACCUUAACACCAUGAAUGGUUGUCCGGCACGAUGCUGCUCGGAUGAGUCUCCUGUAUUCCUGGACAAUUGUAGACCAGAUAGAUUGUCUGGAGAGAUAUCUCCACAUUCUGAAUCUUUCACUGAUAGAAGUACUGAGCUGCAGGAUUUUAUGCUGGAAGAUAUGGAAAAAGAUGCACUGAAGAAUGAUUUGAACUGCCACCUCCUGCCUCUGAGGGAGCUUGGAUCACAACCAGAUGAACCCCCAGAAUCCCCUGACCAACCUUCUUUUACAUCUCAGUCAGAAGACAUGAGUGCUGCUGAUAGGAUUGACUUCUUAAGUGCACUGGAAAAGUUUGUUGAAUUAUCUCAGGAGAAUCGGCCACGCACAUGUUCCACCACCCGGGCAGAGGAGCAACUCGGCAAUGUUAGGAAUGGGGUCAUAAAAGGAUCUUGGCCUGAAAAUGUAAUCUCUGAAAGCCCAGUGGAUAAGCUACGAGUGAGCCCUGAUAUCAGCACACCACAUGUUUCUGAAGAUUCAUCUACAGAUGAGGAGCAGCCAAAGGAGAUCUCCGAGCAAAAAGACCAUCUCUCCAAAUCUCACUCGGAAAAUGGAAUAUCUGUGAAAGAGAUUGUCACAGAGAUCGAGUCCUUCAACCAGGGAGCAGGCCAGUGCCAACAAAAAUCAGACAAUCUGUCUAGCCAAGUACAAGCACCAAAGAGAAACACAAUCCAUGAUUUGUCACUUGAACCUGUUUGGGAGCCAGAAAAUAACAGCAAGCAUCCGGUGUGUGAGAGUGGAAUAACAUUGAUACAUGAUAAAUCUAAAGAUCAGAAGUGUCAAGAGGGCAAACAAAGUUCUGAGGAGGAUUGUGAAAACUCAAAUGAGACAAGUGACCAACAGGAUCUUUCUGACCAGGCUCCUAAGUGGUGUGCAGGCUCUGUCCGAAGAGCCACAAUGGAAUUUGAGGAACGUCUAAGGCAAGAGCAUGAACAGCAGCACACCAUUGCCGUGCCAGUACGAAAGAAUUCUAAGAAUGAUGCAGCGGUUUCUGAUGCUUCCCCAAAGUGUAGGUUUGAAGACUCUUCACUUGAUAUUGCAGAUCAUGAAAGGGAUAAAAGGGUCAAAAUAAAAAUUACAGGGUUUGAGGCUGCGGAAUCUCCCAGAUCUGAGCCAUCUACAGAUUUACAAUCAUCUCUGCAAUUUGAGCCUCCUUCUGAACAAGUAAAGCAGGACACCAACCAUUCAGGGCUUGCAGUUAAACAUAAUGUAACAGGGAAAGAGCACCAGCCUGCUACUACAACUGAUAUCCUGGAGAGAACCAAUGAGUUAGUACAUCUUCCAAAAAGGAUAGAGUUAGAUCAUAGCAGCAAGUCCUAUGAUAGUAAUGACAACAACAUUUCUCCCCAGGAUUCUGUAAUAUAUGCUGAGGAUGUAGCUGUGGACUCAAAAACGUGUCAUCAACUGCCCUUAGAACCACCCUUAAGAAAUGUCUGUGCAAGCACAUCAGACAGUUCUUUUGCACAUAUAGAAAACCUGCCUUUGCCCAGUUCACCGAAAUCGGGGCCUGAAAACAUUUCCUUUCCUGUAGAUAGCCCAAAGGAAGAGUUUAGUGUAAUAGACUUGAAAGAUCCUUCUGUGACUAGUCCUGGAGUACAUUCAGAUUUCCCCAGUUCUAGUUACUUGUGUCACCCAUGCUCCAUUGUUUUAGAAGGUGUCACUGAAGAGUGCACCAGUACAGAUGAGGAUUUUAGGAACCUUUCAAACUGCACAGACAAAUACAGCAGUGACCUCUUCAUGGGUGUGAGUGAGUUGAUGCAAAGGGAAGCAGACAGUGCCUUGUCACAGUUGAGCCAUGAAGAUCUUAACCUAAUCAAUAAACUUACUGAGAAUAUACGGGAACUACAUGAAGUAUUGGACAUCUCUGCUUUAUCUUUUGGCCUUCCCCAUAGCUCUAGUAGCGACAGCAUCAAAGACUUUGGUAGCAAUCCUGGUGUUGUCAAGCAAAGAGCAAAAGAAAUUGAGGCACGGAUUCGGCAAGCUGGUCUCACCACUCCGUCCCAAAUGAAACGCUCUGCAUCUCUGGCCAAACUGGGCUGCUUAGAACUUUCUAAAGAUGAUUUGUCUGAGAGGGAAUCUGUCUCAUCUGACAAUAACCAAACUUACCCUGAUCUGCUUCAGAGCUCCCUCCGGAUUGUGCCAGGAAAUUAUGAAUCUGAUUUGGAUUCAAAAUCUGAAGACCCACCAGGAAAGCUUUGUAUCCUUUCUGUACAAGCUUCCACAGGAGUGGAACCCACCCAACAUUUUGUUGAACAGAUAAAGACUGCAGAGUGUAUUGUAAAAAGCAAACCAGUGGAAAAGCCUCUUGUGCAGUAUGCCAAAGAGUUUGGUACAACUCAACAGGGUUUACUUCUAAGUUCAGAAUCUGAAUUGACAGUUUCCCAGGAGCACCUUCACCAAUUGGUGGAGCUAGAACCCACAGUCCCACUGGUAACUAUAACACCCAGGCAUGAGCAUGGUAGAACUCAUCCUUUGAGAAGGCUAAAAAAGACCAACGAGAAGAAGAGGACAACCAAUCCACUAUAUAACACCAUGUAA